CCGAGUCGGGCUCAGGGGCCACGCGCGGGCCGGGAGGCCGCCGGGGAGUCGGGGCUGGCCUGGCUGUCGGCUGACGAGGGCAGAGGCGGCCACCUGCGGCCAUUGCCCCGCCGACCGGCGGGCGCUGAGGAGCUGGACCGGGCAGCUGUUCCUGGGAAGAAGAAACAUGGAGAGUGGUGCAGUUCUGCUGGAAUCCAAGUCCUCCCCGCUUAACCUUCUCCAUGAAAUGCACCAGCUCCGCCUGCUGGGUCACCUGUGCGACGUGACUGUCAGCGUGGAGUACCAGGGCGUCCGGGAGGAAUUCAUGGCCCACAAGGCAGUGCUGGCAGCCACCAGCAAGUUUUUUAAGGAAGUGUUUCUUAACGAGAAGACUGCGGACGGCGCGAGGACUAACGUCUACUUAGACGAAGUGCAGGUGGCUGACUUCGCUUCUUUUCUUGAGUUCGUCUACACUGCAAAGGUCCAGGUGGAGGAAGAUCGGGUGCAGCGAAUGCUGGAAAUGGCAGAAAAGCUGAAAUGUUUGGACUUAUCUGAAACUUGUUUUCAGUUGAAGAAACAGAUGUUAGAGUCGGUACUUUUGGAGUUGCAGAAUUUCUCGGAGUCUCAGGAGGCAGAAGGGAGCAGCGGCUCCCAGGUCUCUGCUGCUGUCGCCCCUGAUGCUCGGGCGGGUGUGGCCGCGGACAGCCCUCUGGCCAACGGCAUCGCGGGUUCCUUGGAUCCCCCAGCGGCAAGAAUCGGCAACAGCCUGUUGCCAGAUCUGCCCUCGAGGAAGUCCAGGGAGAAGCCAGACAAGAGAAAAGAGAUCGCUAAGUCCCCCUACCCCAAGCUCAGAAGGGCUAGCGGGAGGCUGGCUGGGAGGAAGGUGUUCGUGGAAAUCCCUAAAAAGAAGUACACUCGACGACUCCGAGAGCAGCAGAAGAGUGCCGAGCAGGACGCCGGGGACCGCGGGGGCCCCCGGGAGCCCAGCCCAGACGCCGGGGGAACGGUGAAGGAGCUGGUCACAGUCACGAAAGACGAGGAGGACGGCGGGGCUGGGGCCGAGGCGGAGGCAGUGCUGCCGAAGGCGGGGCAGGGGGAGGAAGAGGAGGACGACGAGGAUGAGGACGAGGAGGGGGAGGAGGGGGCGGGGAGGCGGAGGAGCAACUUCCAGUGCACGCGCUGCGAGAAGACCUUUCUGUACGAGAAGAGCUUCCUGAAGCACGUGCGGCACCACCACGGCGUGGCCACCGAGGUGGUCCACCGCUGCGACACCUGUGGCCAGACCUUUGCCAACCGCUGCAACCUGAAGGGCCACCAGCGCCACGUGCACAGCAGCGAGCGCCACUUCCCGUGCGAGUUGUGCGGCAAGAAGUUCAAGAGGAAGAAGGACGUGAAGCGGCACGUGGUGCAGGUGCACGAGGGCGGCGGCGAGCGGCACCAGUGCCAGCAGUGCGGCAAGGGCCUGAGCUCCAAAACGGCGCUGCGGCUGCACGAGCGCACGCACACGGGCCACAAGCCCUACGGCUGCACCGAGUGCCCGGCCACCUUCUCGCAGCCCUCAGCCCUCAAGACCCACCUGAGAAUUCACACAGGGGAAAAACCUUUUGUCUGUGAUGAAUGUGGUGCAAGAUUCACUCAGAACCACAUGCUGAUUUAUCAUAAAAGGUGUCACACAGGUGAGAGGCCUUUCAUGUGUGAAACGUGUGGCAAGAGUUUCGCUUCCAAGGAGUACUUAAAACAUCACAACAGGAUCCACACUGGGUCCAAACCCUUUAAAUGUGAAGUUUGUUUCAGGACUUUUGCUCAGCGGAAUUCGCUUUACCAGCAUAUCAAAGUCCACACAGGGGAGCGGCCCUACUGUUGCGACCAGUGUGGCAAGCAGUUCACGCAGCUCAACGCGCUCCAGCGCCACCACCGGAUCCACACGGGGGAGAAGCCGUUCAUGUGCAACGCAUGCGGGCGGACGUUCACCGACAAGUCCACGCUCCGGCGGCACACCUCGAUCCAUGAUAAGACAACUCCAUGGAAGUCUUUCCUCGUCAUCGUGGACAGCUCUCCCAAGAACGGCGAUGGGCACAAGACUGAGCAGCCCGAUGAAGAGUACACGCCAUCCAAACUCUCUGAUAAAUUGCUGUCUUUUGCAGAAAAUGGCCAUUUUCACAACCUGGCCACCGUACAGGGCAGCAUGCCUGCCGUGCACAAUGACAGUCCUGCGGACCCGGCCUGUAAGUCGGACGGCCCUGUGGGAUCCCAGGACGCGCUGCUGGCCACCGCCAUCAACGAGCUUAGCGAGCUGACGCCGCAGACGGACCCGGGCCCACACAGCUCCACUCUCUGACUCACGCGGAC